AUGAAUAAAAAGGAAGAGUCAUUACCCUAUGAUCCGGAAACUCUUCGCCGGAUUCAGAAUCAUCCGUGCUUCAGUCAGGAGGCAAGACAUCUUUUUGGUCGCUGUCACGUUGCAGUUGCUCCGAUAUGUAAUAUUCAGUGUAAUUAUUGUAUUCGUGAUUUUGAUUGUGUCAAUGAAUCUCGUCCAGGAGUCUCGAGUGAAAUUCUUACUCCAGAGACCGCAUUAAAACGAAUUGAUGCGGUUGUCUCGAAGAUGCAGCAUAUUCGUGUUGUGGGUAUUGCAGGCCCGGGGGAUCCACUUGCAAACCAGGAAACAUUUGAAACGCUGCGUCUGGUUCAUGAAAAGUAUCCUGAUAUAAUUCUAUGUAUUAGUACCAAUGGUGUCUUAUUAUCGGAUAAAAUUGAUGAACUUGAACGGUAUAAUGUCAGAAAUAUUACCGUUACUUUAAAUGCGAUUGAUGCUUCAAUCGGUGAGAAAAUAUAUACCUUUGUUGAAUAUCAGGGAAAGAGGUAUACCGGACGGGAGGCUGCAGAUCUUCUUCUUAAUCGCCAGAUUCAGGGGAUUGCCGAGGCCGUUAAACGUGGAAUGCUGGUUAAGAUUAAUACCGUUUAUAUUCCCGGAAUCAAUGAUAAACAUAUUCCAGAAAUUGCAAAGAAAGUAGGGGAAAUGGGAGUAUUUAACUUUAAUAUCAUUCCUUUGAUUCCUCAGUAUAAGUUUAAGGAUAUUAAUCCUCCAACACCACAGGAAAAAAUACGUAUGCAUGAAAUGUGUGCUCCAUAUGUUCGUCAGAUGAGACAUUGUCAGCGUUGCAGAGCGGAUGCAGUAGGAAUGCUUGGAAAAGAUGUUCAGAAUCAGUUUUCGAGUGAUAGUAUAUUUUGGAGAGAUAGAAUAGAAGAAUUAGUCGAAUGGAAUGGCUUCAAGAGCAGAGGCAAUUUCCCAAACUUUGGUUCGUGCAUGCAUUGGUAUAUUGGAAUCGGUUGCCACUUCAUCAAUUUUGGAGAGUGCAAGUGA